CCUGGGCAGAGGAGGGCAGCACUGAGUCAGCUAACUAAUGGAUGACAUCACCUCAGAGGCUUUGUAGCUUUGCCCGGGUUUGCGCUGUCGGAAUUUUAGUUAGUUAAGGGAAGUCUAGUGAAGGCUAAAAAAAUAAAAGUUUACGGAUACUCCUCAGUUUUCUGUGCUGGCCGUUUUCAUUGGAGACUGAGGCCGUGUGGUGAGUCUGGGUUGGGCUGAAUUUUAAGAAAAUAUCUGUUUUAGUGCAACUUAUUCUAGCUGCUAAGUAGAAGAUGGAACCUUCUUCAUUCAACAGAAGACAAUGGUCUUCGCAGUCCUUACGAGUAACUGCAAAAGAGUUGUCUCUUGUGAACCGGGGCAAGAAUUCAGCAAUCAUGGAACGCUUCUCCAAGUACCAGAAAGCAGCAGAAGAAGCAAGUGCGGAUAAGAAGAAACCAUUUACUGAAAAUUUGCCUCCAACUUUUCGAAGAGGGGCACAGCUGAGCAUUUUGAAGAAGAAGUGGGAGACGCCUGCUAACUCCUCAGCAGGAUCCCAGUUCCAGCGACCACCUGUUCGAAAGGAGUCUUCCGAGUUCAGACAAAGUAGUUCUACCAGUCCGAGUCCAGCUGUUGAAGAACAGCCCAGCCCAGUGCCACUUGGAGAUUCUGAACAAAACACGGAGGUCAAAACUAGGAUCCAAUCACCAGCUGCAGCUCUAAACAAGUUUCGUUAUCCCAGUGUGGACAAGGAAGAGUUAAAAGUGGAAGUAGAGAGCAGCAGCAUGGACAGAAAGCCUGUGAAAGAAGCGGGACAUGAUGGAGAAUAUGAAAGCAGGGAUGGCUUUGAGUCCCCUCACAAAGUUGAGAAGUACAAUGUCCCACUAACCAAUUUAAAGAUGAUGUUUGAGAAGGGAGAUGCAGCUCAGACAAAGCAGAGUUCUCAAGACUUCAGCAGAAGUGGAACUAGGAGAUUAUCUGAAAACUUUGCAUCUUCUGAGGACAUGGACAGGAACUCUGAGAAGGGGACUAUGUCUGGAAGUGCAUCGCCUCUUUCCAGUCCAGGAGCAGUAGAUUUAAAGAAGAACACAGAACUUCAACAGUUACAUGACAAGUCCUUGCUGAGAGAUCGAAUGGCCAAGUACCAAGCUGCUGUCUCCAAACAGGGCCACCCUGCGUCAGCUGCUCAUGACUUAAGUGCCAUGGACCAUGAAGUUAAACACUACAAAAUGGAACAAAAAGAAAAUGUGCCACCCAAUCUUUUGGAACUUUCCUCACCUCGAAUGGAGGUGCAGAAGGCUGCCAUUACAGACAGCAUACAUCACUUUGUGACAAGUCCAUCUGCAAGCACUACAGCUAAAGUUGAAAAGGAAACUGAAGCAUGUAAGUUUGUCAGUAGCCCAAAGCUGCAGAGUCCGGAUUCUAAAUCACCCUCAUCUACAGACAGUACUCCUCCAAAAUCAUUAAAGAAGUUCCAGCUGCCUACAAGAGAACUAUGUGCUGCCUGUGAGAAGACUGUUUAUCCUAUGGAACGUAUGGUAGCCAAUGAGCAAGUGUUUCAUAGAUCUUGUUUCCGCUGCUCUCACUGCAGUACCAGACUCAGCCUAGGAGGCUAUGCUUCUCUUCAUGGCAGUGUGUACUGUAAACCGCACUUUAAUCAACUCUUCAAAUCCAGAGGGAAUUAUGAUGAAGGAUUUGGGCACAAGCAGCACAAAGAGCUAUGGGCACCCAAAUCGGACAAUGAAGAAUCUCUGGACAAAACUGACGUGACUGAACCACCACAGAGCCCACGAGUGGAAGAUUCUCCAAUCGCAAAGGUGGGGGUUUUGGCUGCCUGUAUGGAAGCUAAAGUAACUUCCCUUUCACAUGAUAAAGAAGACAAGCCAGUGGAAACCAAAAAAUUGAGAAUUGCUUGGCCUCCACCUGCAGAUGUUCUCAAUACAGGAAUUACCAGUGAAGAGAAAAUAAAAGUAUAUAAACCAAAGUGGCCACCAGAGGAAGAAACCCACAAAUCUGAAAACCCAGAAUAUACUGAACUGAAAAAAUUGAGAAGAAGUGCAUCUCUCAAAGAGAGAAGUCGACCCUUUACUGUUGCACCCCCUGUCAAAUCAGUGAUGGUGAGGGACAGAAAAGAUUCUGACCAGGAAAAACAUGAUAUGCCCAGCAAGCAGCAUCAGACCAGCAUUAAACCAGCUGAAGUGUCACAAAAAGAUGCAGAGGUGGAAGUAAAAGCAGAAAGUCCUGUCAGUAUGAAAAGUGAAGACUACAAAGACUAUCCUGGAAAAGAAGACAAAAGAAAGGAGAAACACACUUAUGAGGAAAUGGACACUGAACUACACUACACUGCUGCUAAGGAAGAGGAGAAACAUAAUGAGGAACAAAGUAAACACUUUAAAGAACAGGAAACUCACUUUGUUGAGAAACACGUGAAGCCUAUAAUUAAGGAAGAAGAGAACAGUGUGAUUGAAGAACAAAGCAAGUUAGUUAAGGAACAAAACAAAAAUCUGUAUGAAGAGUAUAAAAAAGAUAUUGUUGUAGAGCAAGACAACAAUUUGAUUGAGGAUCGAGUCAAACAUCAAGCUGAGGAGCAAGUCAGACCUGUAACUGAAGAACAAGACACACAUUUCAUUGAGGAACAGAGCAUCUUAAAUGACAGUGUGGCAAAUGGGCAGCUGAGUGAGAGUGAUGAAAAUGAGUUUUAUUUGGAUAUGAAGAUAUCAAGGAGUGAAAGUUCACCUCAACGUGACGUUUUCAAAACAUUUGAGCAAACAUCGCUAUCUCUUUCUAGCAAUGAGGAGACACUAACUUCUGAUGAUCUGUCUAUCAGGCCUAUCAACAAAUCUCAAGAUAUCGGAUUCUGGGAGGGGGAUGAAACAGAGGAACUGUCUGUUGAAGAACAGAUAAAACGAAAUCGGUACUAUGAUGAUGAGGACGAUGAUGAUGACUGAUUCAGCCACCUGUACAUGACUUUUUAUUUUUUGUGCUGCUUGGUGAUGGGCCUUGCUGAAUCAGUAUUUAGCUGUGAAAAGAUGACUGCCUCUCUUCAAUGCUUGCACUUUUUUCUUAAAAGUUUUCUAAAACAUGUUUGUUCAUUAUGUGGCACAUAGAAAUUUUAAAGACCCAUAGACCUGUGUUGCUUGUUUCAUAUGAUGCUGAAAGGUACAGAAGGGUGCUGCUGACUGAAAAAGCCCGCUAAAAUUCCUUUAAAAUAAUUUGCCACAGUAUAAUUUAAUGUUCAUACAGUAAUUUGUAUUUUUAUGAAUUGAUCCUUUAUUGAUGAGGCUUUAUUCAUUGUAUAGAAUUUUAUAUUCUCAUUUUAUAGAAGAAUAAGGAGCUGCUAUGUUGAAUGCAGGCCAACUAAAAUUGGCUGAUAAAUUCCAAAAAUAUUAUACAAGAUGUUUGCUGCUCCCUUCUGGCUGGGAUGUGCAACUGUCUGUUGUCUUCAUGCAUAAGGUCUUGCAUGGCAGUGGGUGUCACACUUACGCACACAGUGAUGUGUGCACCAACUUUCUAUAAUCCGAGAAGCCCAGACUGUCAUAGAGGAAGAAUUGUAAUCAGAUGAAAACAAGAAAUCUGGAGGGUCUCUCAUAACAGCAGCUGAAGUGGAUCUUUGUUCAGCUGGAUUGUGUCCCAGUAAGACACACAUGUGAUGCACAGUAGUAAACGAUCCAAACUCAGGUGCUUGUGGCUAUUGUGAAUAAUGCAUUAGUGGGUUAAGCGGACAAGUAGAAGUUGGAGCACAGAUAACUGUAUUAAGUUCUGUGUGGAAGUCUGUUUCACAAUAGCCAGUUUUAGUUACUUGUACUGAGCAUGCAGCAGUGUUACUGUGCACUGCAUUUUAGUGUGUUGGGCUCCUUGGUCACAAUAUAUGUUGUUCACCAUGAUGUAAUUGCAAAAAAAUGUUAAGCAGCUGAUCUUUAUUUUUAUUCUGGCUAGCCUGAAUCUCUGGUGUGUGUGUCAGUCACUUUACAGGACCUGAUUUCCUUGUGUGCUGCAGUUUUUUCACUGCAUCACUUUGAUGCUGCAUUUUGUGGCACUGUUUCUGCAGCAGUCUGUUCUGUACAGCUGAUUUUAGUUCAUCAUAGAUGAUUUGAGGUGGUAAUGUGUGAAAAAGAGGCUUUGAGGUAAAUGAGAAUAAAGGUCAGUUAUUCUGAAGUCAUCUUUUGAGAGAAAACAAAACUAAAUAUUGUGAUGGUGGUUUAUAAACUCUGUAGUAGAAUGCUUAUUCUCUGUCUUUAGAACUGUGCAAUUCUUUGGUCCUGUUUAUGACAUUGUUUUCAUAAGCAGUGGACUUUUGCCAGAGUAGUAUAUUCCCUUUGCAUAGUAAAAAAAAAAUGUAGGCAGUAAGGUAGACUGGGGAAAUGCCUUAUAAGGAAUAUCUCAGGGAAAUGAGUCAAGGGAAAUGCCUUAUAAGGAAUAUCUCAGGGAAAUGAGUCAAGGGACUAAAGUGUGUAGCCCGCACACCAAGGAGGCAAGAUUAUGCCAUGGUGACUUGAAGUGUAUUGCUGUUUCGACACAUGUAAAUGCUCCCUUGAUAAAGUGUUGGAAGUUUGUAGUAUAGUAUAGUUCAACAUUCUAAGUAUUUCUGUUAUUUUGCUGGUAUGGUUUACCCUGAUGUGGUAGAAUUCCAUCUGUCAACAAGACAGGAUUUUCCCAAUGUACUAUGUGAGGAGUGACAUAGUUUUGAAACGCUUGUUCUCUGAAUGCGGCUUUCUAUGCCUUUAGUCAUGUCAGAAUUGGUAUUAUCCCACCUAGACCAACGUUCUGUAGUUAUCACUUUUAUAUCUAGAUAGACUGCAAAAUAAGAAAAGUAGAUAGAAAAAAAAAUCCACAGAACAUUGUAUAACCAGCAGAGCUUUAUGAAACAAUGGCCAUCAAAGUAACAGCCAUACAUAUUGGAACCAAGGCAUGUGAUUCAAAACCUUCUGAAAGAGCAACAUUAUGUGAAAUACUACUUAUUUAUAUUAGAAGUUUUACACCUAAGUAUUACAGAGUUAUUUUAAACCUGAAAGGAAGCAUGUUUGAAGUACUGAAUAUGCAGUAGCUUAUAGAUAAAUCCUCAUGAGUUGUGUGGCCACUUGUUUGGUAUUAAAUUGUGUGUCUGUUUUCUCUAUAUGGAUUUAUAGCAGUGAAUUGCACUCUAUAAAAAUUACUUGUUUUUUUUAAACAGUUAAUGCAAUCAUUUUAUUUGAGAAGGAAAACUGUCUGUUGAAUACAGCAGUUACAAACAAUUCCUUACCAGAAAAGUACGAGUAAAUUUUCAUAGUGCAUAGAGAGCUGUGAUUAUCAAAAAUCUGAAAAAAGGAUAAACUUAUUUCUCACUACUGUAGUACAAGACCCAGCCAUCAUAACAAUUUCAAAGGUAUGUAACAAAUGUUACACAGCCCUAAGCUGUGUGACAGUCUGGUAUAAGGCAAGGGACAUUCCUUCACUCCCAACGGUCCCUUAAUAUCUUUCCUGCUACGCCCAUGUAAGUACCUUACUUAAAUUAGGGCAGUAUUUAAAAACUGUAUGUGACUUUUUCCUUACUUUGCUGUCUGUGUCCCAGCACUUGCUAAGUGCUUUACUGGCAUUCAAAACUAGUAAAACAAUGUUUUUUUUCCCCUUUUGUAACUGAUAGUACAUGGAGUAGAUAAGACACUGAGAGUUGGCGUCACUGAUAGCUGUACCUGUUAGUAGGUGCGCUCUACACGGAUGUCAUAACUCACUUCUUGAGUUUCUUUUUCAAGGUGAGUUUCUUGAUUUCAGUGUCUUCUUGAACACAUAAUAACAUGGUUAUAAUCAGAGGAUCUGAUAGCAACCCUCUAUAACCAUGUUUUUAAGUGAGACUAAACAACAGUUGUUUAAACCCUUGAUUACAGUUUGUUGAUUCCAAAUGGUAAAAAGUUUCAGUGUAAGGAUAAAUCAUGUCAGUGAGCAGAAGUAAAUAGAUAUUUUGCAUACUGAGAUGGCAAUCAGUACAUAUGUGAGAUUCUAGAACAUUACUAAAAAAAUGGUGAAACAGAUGGACACCACCAGUAGUGAAAAAAUAAAAGUUACCCAACCUCAAGUAUUUUAUUUACACCACAUUUCAUGUCUCUCAGCCAUCUUCAGAUUAAAAAUAAUCUACAUAUAAAAUUAGACUUUUAUACUGUAAAGCAACAUGACUUGAGUAAAUGAAGCAAUGUUUUAAAGGACAAUUUCAGCCACAUACAAAGAUCACACAGUUUGUAGCUUAUCAGACAACAGUCUGUAUUAGUCAAAUAUCAUUACAUUGGCAAUAUUACCAAAGCAUGUUUUUGAAUUUCGUAAUAUAAUCCACUAGUACCUAAAGAAAGAUAACAAUUUUCAUGAAUGCCACUCAGUAAUAACUUUGCUUACUUCUGCUUUUAAUAAGCUAAACUGGAGCCAUAGCAAAGUAAACCUUUAGUUCAGAUCAAUAUAUUUGAGGGUAUAUACAACUGUCAUUGAGAUUCCAGUUCAGUAAUCGGGCUCCAUAACUUCUUCUCCUGAUGCAUUUUCUUUUUAUCACCCCUUAAAUGGGGGAAAGGACCAUGUCUUCUUCUAAACGUUUUUGUGUAAUAUCUAAUCUUUCCUUGGAUAACGGGUCAUUCAGCAAUGGAGCAAUACAAAAAAACAAUUUCUUUUUUUUUUCUUUUUCUGGUAGAAACAAAGCCUGUACACCAUUUUAGUAAAAUUUAUCAACACAGAGAUUUUGUGACAAUGAAGUAUGGCCAGCCCAUGUUGAGAUUAGCUGCUGCCAAAUGGUAGAGUGACCUAAUGGAUAAAAAAUAUAUAGCUUUAUUAAUCAACCACCUUUUAAAGUAUUUUGUUUAGUAUUUGAUUUCUAAAAGCAGUACCCCCCCCCAUAACAACCACAAAUAUACAGAAAAUGUAUCACUUUUUAUAAUAGUCAGAAGACUUUAUGCAUUUAGUUUAAAUUACAAAAGGAUGUAAAAUGUGGUCUGUUUACAGGCAAUUAUUGUGUGCAGUAACCAUAAUAACAACUUCACAGGGCUAAAGGUAAUGAGGCUUUCAUAUGUCUGUAGUGAAUAAACCCCAGUAUCAGAGAGUCAGCCAUAUUAAAAGACCUUUUGCAGAUUGUCUUGUACGUAUUUGCAGCUGCUGAAGAAAUAUAGUGAUAAUAUUACCAAGAAGGGUUGAUUCUUGCAACACCAGACAUCUUUGUAUUAUUGUACAGAACUGGUGUCAGAGCUCUAUUUUUGGUAUUCUAUGGCGAGAGAAGUACAUUUCUCCCUAGUUAAGAAACUUCAGCAAACCUGUUUAAGAAUGUUAACUUUCAACAACACAGUCCCAUUGACAUUUUCAGUUGUAAUUUGCUCAUAUAUUGAGAUAUUCCUUCUAAGUCUAGCAAUCUGUCCUUCAAGGAUUUUAAAUGAUAUUCUGUUGCGGUAAGCAUGCUUAGGAGGAAUAUACAUUUCCACCUCCUUUCACUGAUUAAUAUUCUUCAUUCUCAUUGUUUUAAUCGUUUUGCUUUUUAUUUUGCAGUGUUUUCAUUGCAGGCUUAAAUAUAUACUUUGUUCAUGCAGUUUUACAUCAUUCUGUUGGCUACCCAGUAUAAAAGAAGUAAAAAAAAAUUUAAAAAACUAUAUAAAAAGCAAAAAAAAAAGUUCAUUGAUUAAAUGUUAUUCAGACAUAAAUGAUUGAAUUCUCUUCUGAAAGCUUUAAAUAUGCUUAUUCCAGCUCAUGACCAUUCAUGCAUGUGAAUUUGGAUAAGUGUGUUUCAAUACUUCAAAGUUUAAAAUCCUUUAUUAAAUUGCCUUCUCUCUCUUAUGGUUAGGUUAUAAAAACACGUAAACAGAACCAUAAUUGGAGGUCUGAAAUUAUGAAAUUCAGUGUAGUGCAUUCAUUUGUCUUGAUUUUUUUUUUUUUUUACAGAAGUGAAUGGCUAUUUGGUUACCAUGAUUUUAUGAUUUGUCUCCAUCCCAGCAGAUGUACCACACAUUAUGUGCACUAAGUUACCAUCAAGCACAAAGUAGACCGUUCACAACAUUCAUAAAGGUCACUUUGUUAGGUUUAUAAAGAAUACCUCCUUUUGUAAGCAGUUCUUGGCUAAUAAGACCAGUAUAAACACAUGAGCUGUUGAAAGCUGAUCCUCUUAAAGUAGUGUGCAAAGCUUUUACACUGGAAACAGCUGCACAAUUGCAUCUCUCAGAAUUCUAGACGUGUACUUGCAGCUCUUUGUCAUGGCGCAUGGCCAGUGUCUGGCAUUUAGACAACAGAAUGGGAAUCUUGCUCCUGUAAGUCACCAAAUUCACUCAGUAGCUUUUAAUUUUGUGAUGUCUCAAGAUAUGAUUGACUCUUGAACAUGAGUCGAUUCACAAUAGGUACUCAAAAGGACUUUUAUCUUUAGCUGUCAGUAUUUAGCAAUGCAGCCACUGCAGUCAUUGUCUAGUUGCAGGCACGAUUACAGUUUCUCUGAUUUGACUGUGGUGAAAUAACUAAAUAUGUAAAGUCUUCAGCUAUUUAGUGAGAGAAAUGAGCCCAUUUGCCAUUUGUAGCCGUUUUCGAUCUUAUGGAAUGAAAGUAAAAUAAUUCUUUUGAAACUAGAGUACCUAAAUAUAGCAAGAAACUUAGUAAUAUAAAUGAUUUAUAUUUGAAGAUGAUUCUGACAUUAUUGUUAUUUAAAAUGCUGAAAAAGUUAUUUUUGGACGUGUUAAUAAUGAAGUCCUAUUAUUAGAAAAGGAAGCUUGACUACUACAGAUUACUGGUCCCCAAAUGAAUGGUUUGAACAUCAGGUUUAGUUUCCCUCCAGCUUCUUUUCCUACAUCCAGAGUAGUAAAGUUAUAAAUUUAACUCUUGAAAGAGUGUAUCAUUGAGAGUGUGUGUGGUGUGUGUACUUCUGUACAGGGAAUUUGUUUAUACAAGGAAAUUAUGGUUGUAUUUCGAGAGAAUUUAAAAAUUCAUACACUUCAUUAUUGUUCACGUUUUCAACAUAUGAUGAUUAUUUGAAAGUUAUUUAUGCCCAAAACUUUGGGCUAAAUAUUGGUUCAUUUUUUCAGUUAGUCUAGUUGUUUGACCAAUGUUUAGUGUAAAAGCUGUUUUUACAAGUAUGUUUUAUAUCUAGAUUUCUUUUAUUCUGGGGAAAGGUGUAAAGUCAGUGGUCUUGUGCUCAUAAACAGAUAACUAAAUAAAUUUGUGUAAAUACCACUUUUUAGGACUCUUAAGUCAGGAACUUGAUAUCUUAUCUUGCCUUCUUCUGUGUUUGACCUGAAGUUGUAUUACAUAUACCUUCUUCUAAUUCUGCCUUCAUUCCCACUGUAUUGUUUUUUACAGCUGCAGAGGUAUUGCUUGACAUUUUUUGUCAGAUCGGUAAAAUAUAUUUGUACAUUUUGUUUCUCAGGAUAAUGUGAAGAAUUCACCAGUUUAAUUUUACCUCCUAAGUUAUUGUUGUGUGUAAAUCCCACGUCAAACUGCCUGAGAAAGUCAGUAACUUACAAGACAAGAACAAGCUAACCACACUGCUAAAGGAGUCAAACAAGGACAAAAAACCUGGUUUAUUAAGAGAGGUUAGCGCUUUCGCAAAUUGGUCUGAAGAAGCAGUAACUUAGCUGGUUGGAGUGGAUUACCAUUAGCAAAAACUGAGGAUUUUUGUACUGUAGCACUCGUACAUAUUAUUACAGUGCUCCAAAGUAGUGUGCCAUUUUGGUAAAUAACAGAUGGUUUGGAUUAAUAUGAGGACUCUAUAAAAGCAGACAGUCAUCAUUGCUUGAAUACCCCAGAUGGUUCAUUAUCACUUCCAUAGUUUGGAAUGCAUGUUGCAGAUGUAUUGUAACAGAGAUAGCCUUGUGUCUUUAUAGAUGGAACUUGCUAUGCAAUUUACCUGUAACAGGUAUUAGCUGGUUGUGUGAUUGCCUAAUGUUAUAUUUAAAAGUGAAAUGUCUGCUACCUUGCAAAUAGUGACCUCUCUUCAUUUCAGCCAGGUUUGUACCUAACAGUGUUGUAAAGCAUUGUGAGCAAACCGCUGAUUAUAAUUCUAUAUGUAUAACUAGAAUUCAUGAAAAUCUUAUUGCUUGUUUUGAACAGCUAUGUUUUUGAAACAGACAGCCUUAAUGCUGUAUUUCUCUGUAAUAAUAACACUAGUCACUCGGGCCAUGAAAAAAUCUGAAAUGAAAGAAAGAACUAGUUAAACAAAAUUAUUUUCUGUGAUCCAUGAUGCAUGCAAACAGUUUAGAAUCAGUAAUUAUUAUUCACAUUUUUGGUGUUAAAAAAAAAAAAAAAAAAAAAAAAAGUCCCUUCGUUAUUAUUGCCUUUCUAGAAAGAGAAUUAUUUCAUGUCUUCUUUCCCUAACUACUGCAUUUCUGCAACUCAGGAGUAGAAGAACAUUAUUGUAGUGCGUGGAGUGUGGUGGUUAUGCUCAGAUAUUUGGAAAAAGGCAAAUCACUUAAGUGCAAGAGUGACGCAAGACCCGACCUUAACAAUUAAGCACCCCCUGUUUGUGCUAUGGUCAGGUCUAGCUCUCACCAAUAAAAUCUGCCAAAUGACAGCAGCAAAACAAAAGAGAUUUGUUUCUGCCUGCUUGGCCAUACCAAUAAGGUGGCCUAAACUUCCUCUUAUAAAAGGUAGUUAGAAUAAGAUGAUGUGUGUACACCUGUACUUUCUAAAGGAUACAGAGUCUGAAACUUAAAUGUAUGUCAUUAGUUAGUGACUUCAGCCCUUAGCGGUUUGUCUGAGAAUCACAAAUUAUAUGAAGAGCCAACCAAAAAUAUGAAGCAAUAAUCCAGAUGUGAGAAAAUCUGGACAGUUAAGAGUCAUGAAAGGUGAGUGUAAACAUAGUGGUCUGCAUUACACUACUUUUCUGAUAGCGUUUUUUUGUAACUAGGAGUACAUGGAGCACUUAAAGCUCCAUGCAGUGCAGACUUAUGAUCGGGUCUCACCGAUUCUAACCAACUCUUUAUUUGUUCUCGACAGAUUUACCUUUCAAGGUGAAUUUGUUGGCAUCCAUGUCUUGAACACACAGUAAGUUUGUUAGGAUUGACAACCCAUUCAUAAUCAUCUAGAAUUUCUGCAGUGGGUUUGUACAAGCAGAAUUCUUUUUUGUGCAUUCCGUGGCAAUAUUCUGUGGCUUGUGUUCUUUAUCUUGUAGGAAAUAAAAUAUGCAAAAUAAAAAGCUUUGCAUAGGGGUGGAUAAGGAGGGGGGAUUGAUAAGUAGCAUCAGAAAAAGGAAAGCUUGGAUACAGCAAAACUCUUGGUCAUUAAACGAGUAAAACAAACUAUACUUAAAAAAUAUGAUUGGUGUACUGUUCACUGUAAACUACACUAAUCAGCAGAUGUAGUAAAAUAAUGUGAUCGGUUGUAUUUCUAGUGGCAUCCCAAGCUACAGUGACAUGGUCAGCAUACAGGGGAACAGUGUGUGGCAGAAUCCAUUCUUUAGUUGCUGCUGUCCAGUUAUUGCCACCAAAGGGCUUUGUGAGGUAUGCCCCAUAUAGGUAAACAUAUAGAAAAUUGUUUUAAACAUAUUCUCCAUCAUUGCCUUACUGUUUAUCUUACUUGUAUUAUCAUUCUUGAUUGGCAUACUUCAUUAUAUCUUUUUUCAUACAUUGCACAGUGCAAAAAAAGAAUAAAAAGUGUGAUAGGGACUUGUAAAAUAAUCAACAGGCAUCCAAUGUACAUUCACAGGCCAUCAGCCGGAAGACGGGUUUAUAAAAGUUUGAGAAAUUGGCAUUGGCUUGUCAUUAUUUGUAAAGUUACUAUUCAAAAAUGAGCCAUGAUAAAAAUGCUGUCCUCACAGUUCCAUUAGUGUCAGAAGUACAUUUUAGCUGGCAGAAAAAUACAUAUUUUUAACUGACAUUUUUUUUAAGUCUGUUUGACUGUACUGCUAGUGUUGAACAUAGCAGAAUACUAUAUACAUUGUCACACGACUAAAAGACUUUAAAAACAAUAACUAGCACUUUAUGCCAUUUGCUCCCAAUUUGUUAUAUUUCUGUCAUCAUUUUGUUUUCCAUUUUAAUCUAUUCAUUGGUGCUUUGAAUGACUCUCUUUAAAAGCCCAUUUCACAUGUUGAAAGUCUAGUACUUUUUAAUUAAAAGGGGACCAUUUGAAAGAAAUAAUAUAUGCAUUAAACUCCUUUUUUUUAAUUGUAAUAGGUAGUUGUGACAUUGUCAGGCUUGAAGGAAAGUUACCUUACUUUUUAUGUAUACUGAAUAAAAAGCUGUCAGAUUUGUGAUUUGCAUGCUAGUAGGAACAUUUCUGUGUAUUUGCAAAAACUGGUUAACUGCCUGGAGUUAUAAUUUGUUUAGGUAAUAGUUGAACUAAAAAUAAAACUUCUGAAGUCCUGUAGAAAAUACUGAAUAAUUUGUUUUUGUCAGUUUUGGUACAAGACACUCAAUAAAUGCCUAAAUAUUUUA